AUGCCCAUGACUGGCUCUGACGAGGGUCUGAGAGGUUCUUUGGGCUCCUAUAAGCUGGCAACCUGGGAGACUCUGAUGGCUGUGGAGACUGGGUCCACGUCUAGUCGUGCUGGUGGGGGUUUUGGAUCCGGUUUCAACAGAUGGUCAGCUGCCUCUAAUGAUGGUGGAGGGACAACUGUCAUUGAGAAGAUUCUCCAGUCCACUGUUCUGGAAACCUUCCUGCUACAGUCCCUCCACCAUCAGAGACUUUUCUCCACUGAAAUCGCAGAUUCUCCUUGGAGUCCCAGCAUUAACAUCUCUGGUGGUGAUCUGAAGGAGCAUCAGUCUGUCACUAUAACCUGCUCAGCUUUGACUCCCUGUCCACACUCACCUCCUGAACUCACCUGGAAUCUCCAACAAGACUCUCACAGACAAACAGAGAAAAACACAGAUGGAACCUUUACAACUAAAAUCCAGGAGAACAUCACUCUGUCAGACACACAUGAUGGAUACAACAUCAGAUGUUCUGCCCGAUAUCCUGUGAAUGGAGGAAACAAGACAGCAGAGACAGCAGUGACUCUCAGUGUUUCAUAUGCUCCUAGAAACACCUCAGCAUCCAUCAGUCCAUCAGGUUUGGUUUCAGCAGGUAGCUGGGUGGAGCUGAACUGCUCCAGCAGAGCCAAGCCUCCUGCCAGCUUCACCUGGUUCAGGAACAGCAAACAUGGAGCCAUUAAUGUAUCUGUGGGGCAGGUUUACAGCUUCAGUGUCACUGAAGGUGGAGAGUUUUACUGUGUGGCCAAAAAUGAUCGAGGUCAGCAGAGAUCAUCUGUGAUUCUUGUUAGUUUUGGAGUGUCUGGAGUUGGUGUCUGUAUCACAGUGAAGAUCCUGGGAUUAGUAAUGCUCUGCAGUGCAAUCAUCAUCUUUGAAUGCUGGUUUAGAUUCUUCAAGAAACUGACAAAGGGAACAGAAGAUCCAACCUAUGUCAACAGUGUGAUGGCGACCAAGGCAUCAUGAGCCACAAGGAGACCAGGAAAACAUAGAGACUUCUCAGUGGAAGGAUUUCCUAUCUCUGACCUUUCAUCAAUUUUCUUUGUCUAAUUGUUCAAGUUCAGGGUCUGAAGAGGCUGGUUCUUGUCUGCAAAGGACAAUGGGGGACAGGAUACACCAUGGAUAGGUCACCAGUCCAUCACAUUACCAUACAUUGUGCUAUAGAAAUUACUUAUUUCUUGAUGCUCUUUUUUGCAUUUGAGUAUUUAGGGAAUAAAUAGUAAUGCUUAUAAAUGAGGCCUGUAAAUGCUAAAAAUAGGUGAAGCAGAAUUUCUGCUCAAUUAAAUUCGGUUCAGUUCAGUUUUAUUUAUAUAGUACCAAUUCACAACACAUGUCGUCUCAAGGCAUUUUACAAAGUCACUUCAGUCAAAUCCUACAGAUUUUAGGUCAGGUACAUACAUUCCAAUUAAUCCUAAUUAUCAAACAUUGCAGUUAGAUUCAGUUUAUUAUUCGAAUUGGUUAAAAAAAAAAAUUUAUCCAGCAGAUUCCAUCGAGUCAGUGACUUUCAG